AUGACUACCACCAUUUUGAAGUCCGAAGGUUUGGUGGUCAAAUUGGAGAAGAGGCGGCACCGACCAGAAAAGAACCAUGGCGACCACACACCAACCUGGAAGGUCUCAAAGCCAAUGGGUGGCCGAAUCGCGGAUGUAGAUCCCAUAUUGACAGAGGAUGAGAAGCAUUUAAUACUUGCGUACAACACAUCCAUCCAAGUAUAUUCGACAGCAGAUUCUCUCCUACUACGCAAGAUUCAGCUUGAAGACCCCGAUACGGAGAAUAUAACAGGGCAGAUCAUGGCUAUGUGCAUGUCUCCGAGCUCACCAGAUCUCAUAUGGGUCGCUUCGUCCGAUGGUCAAGUCUGGUUGGUUGAUUGGACGAAUGGCCAAGGCUCCAAGACCUUGUUCAAGCUACAAUGUGGCUUUCUCUCUGACAUGUCUGUUGAGCAGAUGCAAGUUGGAAAAGACCUUCGGGAUGUACCGUUUGUUUCCAUCGAGCAUAAGAAGAAAUGGAGGAUUGUUGCCUGUGAUGUGCGCCGAUCCAAGUUGAGGACUUCUAAAGUUCUCUUAAAGCAGGCCACGCCCAUUUCAAAUUUACGCUCUGUUCGAAACGGGUAUGCUUUGGUAGCAUCGGCAGAUCACAACAUCCUCCUUGGCACACUAAAACCCUUAUUUAAACAUCUCGAGGAACUCGAAUACGAGUUCUUCACUCUUGACUGUAGCGACGAAAUUGUAUGCCUGGACGUACGAGCAACCGACCGAGUGCAUCUUAACCGAAAGACCCAGGUAGAAGCUGGUAAUGAACCCGUUUUAGAAGUCGUCGUAGGCUGUGCUCGUGGAGCUGUCUUCUUCUACAACGAUAUCUUGCCUCAACUCCGUCGAUUACAUAGCUCUAAAGGGGGGCAUAGGGGCUCCCUACAACCCCGCAAAUAUCACUGGCAUCGCAAGGCUGUUCAUACCAUCAAAUGGUCACGAGAUGGCCACUACAUCAUUUCUGGAGGGUCCGAGUCAACUCUAGUCCUAUGGCAACUGGACACGCAAAAGAUGGAUUUUCUACCACAUUUAUCCGCAACAAUUGAGAAUAUCGUCGUUUCAAAACGUGGUUCCGCAUAUGUUCUCCAUCUAGAUGAUAACUCGGUCAUCGUUUUAUCAACAGCGGAAAUGAAGCCAACAACUUACAUAUCUGGAAUCCAGACACUUAUUUCACCGCAACCGAUUUCCAAAGAUGAUCUAGUCAGGAGAAUCGGCCAAUAUACACCUGAUCGGGUAUUAAAGACGCCGGCAGCAGUCAAUCCAGUAAAUUCCUCGCAGAUUCAUUUUUGCGUUGGGAAUAGUCAACGAUUAAGCUACUCUGGAAGCGGCCCGUCCACACCAAUGAUACAGACAGUAGAUCUCACCACUUUACAAGGUAUCUCGAAACAAGCCUUAACAAGAACAAACCCGACAGAUAUAAAUACGACAGCGAAAGGUUAUGCUAUAACGGAACCUCGAAUCACCGGUAUGGCUUAUUCGGCAGAUGGUAAGUGGCUUGCUACCACCGACGAGUGGCAACCACCUACACGAGAUGUCAACUCCCUCGAAGGUUCCCCCGCUGAAAGGCGGGAGGUGUAUCUCAAGCUCUGGGCCGUUUCGUCGGAAGACCAGAGUCUUGAGCUUGUAUCUCGUAUCAAUGCACCUCAUUACACAGGUCGGAGCGAACCUGUUUAUGGUUUAGCUGCGGACCCGCAUGCGCAUCGUUUCGCUACUAUUGGCGAAGACGGUAUUGUCAGACUGUGGGAGCCAACAAUCAGGCAGCGAGACGGAGUACUAGUCAAAGGAAAACUAGGACGUCAGCUACACAGCUGGGCAUGCUCCCGAACUAUAUAUCUUCAAGAAAAUGAAGAGCCGAUUGAUUCAGGCGCAGUAGCCGUUAGGAGCUCGACUCGGGGCUCAGGUGCAAUUUCUUUCUCCGAAGAUGGUUCUACUAUCGUCUGUGCCAUCGGGACCGUUUAUGGAUCGGCGAUCCACGUCAUUGAUACGGAAACUGGCAAGAUUCGAAAUUCGAUUGACGGGUUAAUAACUGGGGAAAUCCGUGAUAUCAGUGUCCUAUCUUCAUCAUUGAUAGUGCUUUCAGAUCGUCUUAUAGUGUAUGAUUUAGUGUCCGACGAGUUACUUUACGGCGUUCAACUGAGAACAAACGAGGAUUCCUUCGGUAAAAGCAUAGCCAUCUUGACGCAUAUGGCAGUCGACCAUAAGACUUCAACAUUUGCAGUGGCUGUUUCACGAGGCAAGCCGGGAUCGCCCUUCCUCACUUCCGAGCUGGCGGUGUUCUCUCCGGACCGAAGCGAUCCAGAGAUAAUCCACAGGUUCCCAUAUCCUAUAACGUCAGUCGUCGCGUCGGCCGGGUCCAGUGGGUAUCUUGUCCUAGAUUCCGCCGCCCAGCUAUGGUCAAUCAGCGAAGACAUGGAUACCAAAUCCCUUGCCUUUGCCCAACCCCUAGUUGAUCUUAACCUCGACCAAGUGAACGCUGAAGAGCUUCAUGAAGAAAGACCUUCUUUGGCGCUACUUUCUGAACAAGAUGAUGAAGCAGCAAGUGGGGACGAGAUGGAUGUCGACAUGCCAGAUGCCACGGCCGAUGGGGAUGAGGCCUAUCCGGCUGUUAUCGCGCCACAAAAACUUUCAGAACUGUUCGAUACCGCCCCGGCGUUUGCAAUGCCACCGAUCGAGGAUAUGUUUUACCAGGUCACAAAGCUUUUCUCGUCAAACUCAGCUGUUCCGGCGUCGUGA